AGUUGAAGCGUCGUGCGCCAUCCCCGCUUCGUGAAUGGCCCCGUUAUGGAGGAGAUGCCGUUCCAGAGAGUCAAGAGGCGGCGGAGGAAGGGUCGCUGCCCGGCCGCCGCACCGCUGGACGCCAUCGCGUGCGAGGACGAGUUCAACAGCCACGAGCUGGAGGCUCUUUUCCAGAACUACAACCUGAAGCUGGAGCAGACGGCCACGCUCAAGGCGCUGGCGGUGCUGAUCGUCGCCGCGUCGUCGCUGUCCCUCGUGGAGCUGCUGUGCAACCCGCGCCUCAGCCUCUCCAAGGGCUCCAACCCGGUGCACUGCGUGGUUUUCCUCUCGCUCUUCAUCGUGACCAACGUGAAGUACCUGCAGGUGACGCAGCUGCAGCAAACGGCCAAGCUGGCGCUGCUCUUCAGCUUCACCUUCGCGCUGCUCUGCUGCCCCUUCCCGCUGGCCCUGGCCACGCCGGAGCCGGCGGGCUCCCCCGCGCCCGAGCAAGGCGUGUGGCAGCUCAUGCUGGUCACGCUGGUGGCGUACACGCUCCUGCCGGUGCGGACUCUGCUGGCCGUGCUCUUCGGCGUCAUGCUGGCGACGUCCCACUUUAUCGUCAUCUCCACGUCCAUCACCAGGAGGACGCGCGAGCUGUGGAGACCGUUGGCGGCCAACGCGGUGCUUUUCAGCAGUGUCAAUUUGUUGGGGGCGUUUGUGCGGAUUCUGACGGAGCGUACGCAGAGGAAAGUCUUCCUGCAGGCCCGCACCUGCAUCGAGGAGCGGCUCAGACUGGAAGACGAAAACGAGAAGCAGGAGCGUCUGCUAAUGAGUCUGCUGCCCAGGAACGUUGCCAUGGAGAUGAAGGAGGACUUUCUGAAGCCCCCCGAGAGGAUCUUUCACAAGAUCUACAUUCAACGUCACGACAAUGUCAGCAUAUUGUUUGCCGAUAUUGUGGGCUUCACGAGCCUGGCUUCUCAGUGCACCGCGCAGGAGUUGGUCAAGUUGCUCAAUGAGCUCUUUGGGAAGUUUGAUGAACUUGCUACGGAGAAUCACUGCAGGCGAAUCAAGAUCCUGGGGGACUGUUAUUACUGUGUCUCAGGAUUGACCCAACCCAAGGCUGACCACGCCCACUGCUGUGUAGAAAUGGGCCUUGACAUGAUUGACACCAUCGCGUCAGUGGUUGAGGCAACGGAGGUGGACUUGAAUAUGCGUGUGGGCCUCCACACGGGACGAGUGCUGUGCGGCGUGCUGGGCCUCAGGAAAUGGCAGUAUGAUGUCUGGUCAAACGAUGUCACUUUGGCCAACGUGAUGGAGGCCGGAGGAUUGCCCGGUAAGGUUCACAUCACAAGAACCACCCUGGAGUGUUUGAAUGGCGACUACGAGGUGGAACCGGGCUUUGGCCACAAGAGACACGCCUUCCUCCAGAAACACCACAUCGAGACCUUUUUCAUCGUGCCAUCGCACCGACGCAAAAUCUUUCCUGGUUUAAUUCUGUCCGACAUCAAACCGGCCAAGAGGAUGAAGUUCAAGACGGUGUGCUACCUGCUCGUGCAACUGAUGCACUGCAGGAAAAUGUUCAAGGCGGAGAUCCCCUUCUCAAACGUCAUGACCUGUGAGGACGAUGACAAGCGGAGAGCUUUAAGGACCGCAUCCGAGAAGUUAAGGAGUCGGACAUCUUUCUCAGCCGCCACCGUCCAGCACUCACCGGCGACACGAGUCAACCGCUACAUCGGACGCCUCAUCGAAGCUCGGCAGACUGAGUCGGGGACGUCGGAUCUCAACUGCGUCACCUUGUUCUUCCGGAACAGGGACAGGGAGCGCGGGUACAACCAGAUGUGUGACGACCAUUUCAUCGGCGCCGUGGUUGUCUCUCUGAUCCUGGCGGCAUUUUCUGGCCUGCUCUAUCUGCUGAUGAUUCCACAGGGCCUGCUGGUAUUGCUUCUCUUGGUCUUGUGUGUCUGUUUUCACGUGGCCUGUGUCAUGUACUUGCAUCUUACCAGUGUUCAGUGCCAACCAGGCUGCCUGACCAUCCAGAUACGAACGGUCGUGUGUGUCUCCCUGGUCUUGCUCUCUUAUUCGGUUGCGCAGGCCUGCAUGGUUGGAUUCAUACCACGGGGUCAAGUUCAAGUCAUAUCCAACAACUCGUUCCAGGAUUCCCCCACAGAGAUGUUUGGCGACGACCCGGCCAACGCCACAGCCGCAGAAAGAGCUGGCCCGAGCAUGGCCUAUGCGCUCUUGUCCUGUCUGGCUGGCACGCUCACCAUUGUCCCCUACCUCAGAGUAUCUUCGCUCCCAAAAAUCCUCCUGCUCUUCUUUCUGUCUGCGACCUACACGGUCAUCGUAGAGAUCAGUGGCUAUCGGCAAGCCGUCGGCGCCGGCUUUCCGCACACUCGGGGUUCUGAUCCCGUCCUGGCUGUGUUGCUGUUCUCCGGAGCUCUGGCUCUCCACUCGAGGCAACUCGACCUCAAGCUGCGUUUUGACUACCUGUGGGCCACUCAGGCAGAAGAGGAGAGAGACGACAUGGAGAAAGUGAAGCUGGACAACAAGAGGAUCCUGUUCAAUCUGCUGCCGGCGCACGUGGCCCAACACUUCCUCAUGUCCAACCCCAGGAACAUGGAUUUGUACUACCAGUCGUACGCUCAGGUCGGAGUCCUGUUCGCUUCGAUCGCCAACUUCAACGACUUCUACAUCGAGUUGGAUGGAAAUAACAUGGGCGUCGAGUGUCUCAGGCUGCUCAAUGAGAUCAUCGCCGACUUUGAUGAGCUGAUGGACAAAGAGUGCUACCGGGAUAUUGAGAAAAUCAAGACGAUUGGCAGUACGUACAUGGCCGCCGUGGGGCUCGUUCCGACGAGCGGCUCCAAGGCAAAAAACUCCGUCGCUUCACACCUAUGCACCGUAGCCGAUUUUGCCAUUGAGAUGUUCGACGUCCUGGAUGCAAUUAACUAUCAGUCUUAUAAUGACUUUGUGCUGCGAGUAGGAAUCAAUGUGGGUCCAGUGGUGGCGGGCGUCAUCGGGGCCAGGCGGCCUCAGUAUGACAUCUGGGGAAACACCGUCAACGUCGCGAGCCGAAUGGACAGUACCGGAGUCCAAGGCAAAAUACAGGUGACCGAAGACGUCUAUCGCGUCAUCGCAAACCACUAUCACUUUGUUUGCCGGGGCCAAGUCAGUGUCAAGGGCAAAGCAGCGCCGCACCGCGGAGCCGCGCUCGAGCGCCUCGGGCCGAGGCAACGUGUGCACCAGGUUAAGCCCGGCCCCCACGGUGACCACCUACGCCGCCGUCAGGACCGCCAGCCCCCGCGCGGCCAAAGCCACGAGCUCCGCCAGCACCGCGAGGUACCUGCCGUCCGUCCCCACGGAGCGAGUGUGAUGGCCACCGUCUCCAUAGUUACAGUGGAAAGUCUUUUUUUUUUAAAAAAUGAGGGCGGAGCCUGGAAAGCCGAGAGAAGCGGAGGAGGAGUUUCUCCCACUUCUCUCGCGGGGGCGCAGCGUGGCCAAAGUCUUGACUGCAUCAGGACUAAUCCUAGCCCGCCUGGAUUGGACGGCCCUCUCCCAUGCCCCCCCCCCCCCCCACCAUGCUCAAGUCCCGUUUGUUGUUUGACGCCAAGGGUGUCGUGACCAGGAUACAGGAUGCCCUGUCGUCAACAGCCAAGGAUGUGUCCAGGACUUCAGUGGAAACUCUCAAGUGUAUCCGCACGUCUGUAAGCAAAAUCAGCCUCAAAACACGCACAGCUCAUCGUGUAGCACGCAAGUCUCUUGCUUGCAAAUUCCUUUAACGACAUGAGCCCAGCCCCUUUUUCCGCAGGG